AUGGAAGGAUUAGCGGCAUUUGUGACAAAAUCAUUCAAUUCGGACUCUAAGGGCAGUUCAGAAAAAGAACUACAAACAGAAAUGAAGGAAGAAUUACCGAUCCCUGAUGAACCAACAGAUUUAAGUUUGAAAUCGAAAGAAGAGCCAGACAUUAUAACAACACCAGAAGAUGUGACGAAAACAGAAUACAUAGAGACCAAUGAAUUAUCCGAUACUGAAUGUGAUAGAGUACCAUUGUACGAAGAUGAUCAACCAAAGCUGAAGCAGAGACGAAGUAGAACGAACUUCACUCUGGAGCAGUUAAACGAACUAGAAAGAUUAUUUGAUGAGACCCAUUACCCUGAUGCCUUUAUGAGAGAAGAACUGAGUCAAAGACUAGGAUUAUCAGAAGCAAGAGUCCAAGUCUGGUUCCAGAAUAGGCGAGCAAAAUGCAGAAAACAAGAGAGUCAGAUGCAGAAAGCAGGAAUUAUGAUGCCAGGACAUGGAACACCAUUGGACGCUGUACGAAUAGGGACAUACGUGACGUCUCCACCAAUCAGAGAUGCAGUUGACAGACUUCAUUUUCAACCCUUUCUACCGUACUAUCCUCUACACACGGCUCCACCGACGCCACAUCCACCGGCUAUUCAUCCACUUCUCCUUUACCAUCAUCACUAUGCUACAGCAUUAAACCUUGCAACAUUACAUGACAAUAAUUUAAAGACAUCUAAAAAUUCCAGCAUUGCUGAUUUACGACUAAAAGCGAGACAACACCUUGCAACCCUUGGAAUUUGAGAAGUGUUAUAAAUCUAAAUUGAAUAAUUAUUUACCAAUGACUCGGAAAUGUGUAACUAUUCAAUUAAUAUGAAAAUUGCAGGAAUACAUGAAACAUAUAUUACAGAAUCACCGAAUGCUAUAUUCAUACAAUAUAUAUGAACCAUUGAUAUAUAUUAGAAAUUGAAUAAUUGAAUAACAUAUGUAUAUCGCCUAUAUGGUCCUAUGUGCCAAAACUAAUACCAUGAAAGAUGAAUACAGAUAACACAUUGACAG